AUGUUUACCCGCCCGGAACACGUUCGUGAAGCAUCUGAAACGGUGUCUGAUAACGUCACUGUGCAACCACUGGCUGUGAGCGAGCUUUGGAUCCGCGAUACAGGACCGGUCUUUGUUCAUGGAACGCAAAACGGCUGUUCUAAUGGACUGAAGCUUAAUUUCAAUUACUGGGGAGCCAAGAUACCAUCCACUGGUGAUGAAGCGGUUGCUGCGAAUAUCCAGAUCCCAGAAGCUUCAGUCAUAGACCAGAAGGAUGAAAAAGAUGAAUGUGCGUCUCAAGGAAAUGCCAUACCUAUUGUUGACGCCGGUUUCACUGGUGAAGGAGGCGCGAUUGAGGUCGAUGGAGAUGGAACCCUUCUGGCGACUGAGAGCUCCAUCGUCAAUGAGAACCGUAAUCCGGGCAGAUCGAAGGAAGAGCUGGAAGGAUUAUUCGAGAAAUACUUCGGCAUCCACAAAGUGAUCUGGCUUACUGGCGUCAAAGGCUAUGAUAUCACUGACUUUCACAUCGAUGCAUUCGCGAGAUUCAUCAAACCGGGCCAGGUUCUUCUGAGCAGACCUUCUGAACGUGCUGAUCCGCGGGUGAUCCAAGCCUACAGAGAAGCCAAGAAAACUUUGGGGAACACAACAGAUCAUGGAGGAAGACGAUUGGAAGUCUUUGAAGUUGAAGAGCCUCAUCCCAGUGACCUUCCCGGCGAGAACUGGGAUCAUUUUGAUGUUACUGUUGCUUCAUACGCCAACUACUACCUCCCCAACGGAGGACUGAUCAUGCCGCGUUUUGGAGUUGGAAAACUUGAUGAUGAUGCCUACGCCUUUUUCCGCCAACACUUCCCAGAUCGAGAGAUUGUUCAAGUUAAUUUGAACAUUCUUCCUAAGCUCGGCGGAGGAAUUCAUUGUGCUACCCAGCAAGUACCGGCGGAGGAUUGGAUGCAGAGAGGAAUACGAAGAAGGGAAUUGAAGUUCUAA